CUGGAAUGGUGAAAAGGAUUAGGUGAGAAAUGACUUCGCUGGUUAAGCUGGCUCUCUUUGAUUGCUGGAGUAAUGAAAAGUAAUUGAUUGCUCUUGUGAUCAUUUAACAAAUAACGAGGGUCAUCAAACAAAAUUUUUACCUGAGAUACCAAAAGGUGAUGCGUUCUUUUCUUCUUUUUUCUUUUCUAUUUGCAUGUACAUAAGUAUGUCAGAAACUAAUUACAUGACCAACCUAGGGUAUUUAGAAGAGCAUAUCCAUUUUCACCAGCUUGCACAGUUCUUAAAUGGAUCUCAGGCUCUACUGGCUUCGUCUAUGUUCUUGACCAUUUUUAGGCUAGUCUUAGAAGACCCAUGUACUCUUUGUUGUAUACUUCUCUCUGUAUUUGGUCAAGCUAGUCUUCUUAAUAGAACUCUUAUGUCUAAUGAAUGUCAAUAAUUUGAUAGAAUCAAGGAUUUGAUGGAUGGCUAUUAUGAUACUAAAUAAAGAAAUUGCCAUUACCAUGUAUAAACUUGCUCUUCCCAUUCCUAACUAGAUAGCAGCAUUUUUGCCAUGGCUCAUGCAUCCUCUUGUGGCUGCUGCAUUUUGUUUAUUUUCCUCAUUAUCUACCUUGUAAUUGUGAAGGGGGUGUAUGUCUUUCUAUUCCAUCUUGAAGUAAUAUUCAUCUUUAUACCAUUAUAGCUACUCUUAUUUUUGAUAAACAUGUAUGUAUAACCUGAGCAUUAGCUCAGUGGUCAUACCUCUCUGUGUUAGACCAGCCUAGGAACUUAAAUAUGAGUAGGAGAUUUCUCUUAAUGGAGCAGCCCAUGGCCCCCCUUCCUCGGAGUUUGAUAUAUCUGAGCCCCAGCUUACUUCUGAUGGUGCAAUUCGAUGGUUAUCUGUGUCCGUUAAUCUUGUGAUCUCUAGCUUACAUGAAAUGGUUUAAAACCACUUGUGGUUUCCUGUAUUGCUGCCAUAAACAUGACCCUUUCUUGUAAACUCUUCUAUAAUUGGUGGAUGAGUUCUCAGGAAAAAUUUGCCUACGUACCAUGAUCUCCUUUCUUUUUAAAUUUGAACUUCCAGAUCUUGUAGGACUCUCUCUUUCUAUUGAAAAUAAGAUCAGAUUAAUAGGAACAUUUAUUACCUUAUUUAUCUCCUGUAUCUCGAUUUUAUAUUGUAAAUCCAUUAGCACCUACAGGUUCUUUCCUUUUAGCUCUCAGAACAUGCUCAUAUGGUUCUGUAAUAAAUAUGAAAAUUGAUUAUUUCUAAAGGAAUAAAAGUAAUAGCGCACCGAGAUUUCUCUUAAAAAAAUUGUGAGAUUGUUUGGAAAUUCCCAGUGCUCGGAUCAUGAAGACUAAAGUUUGAAUCAUGUAAUGGUUACGUUGUAUGCACAUUAUUUGUCAGAUUAAUAAGGUCCAGGGGGCAUGUAUCGUAAUUACGAUCGAGAUGAAUGAGAGGGAUGGCAUCGGUAAACUAUUUCACUAAAUUAGAAAAUAUUAUAUUUCACUUUAUAUUCUUUCGCUCGAUUAGUGAUAUUGAUAGAUCCCCACAACAAAUCAAAUCAGUGAAUCAAUCUCUAACAGCAGCAAACGGGGGGAGGUCCUCAGGUAGAUCUAUUGUAUGGGGAGGGAUUUAUCCUGCUGAGUUGAGGCAGUUGUUAGAGACCUUGCUCCAAAAAAGUGAAAAAAAAAGAGGUUUUUGUAAAAAAGAAACCAGAAGCAGGAAAAUAAUGUUUGCCCUAAACUUCAUUUUGUUUAUAAGUUGCGUGAAGCCAUACAUUGUGCUGCAUUCUGUAAACCUGUGCCUAGCUGCACUUUGUUGCUUGCAUUAACUAAUCUCAGGCCAACAAGAACUAGCCACCAACAUUACUCAUCAUUGGAUCUCUAGGGUACCAGUGGGGGAUUCAAAUGCAGUACCUCCUAUACUGCAAGGAGGUGUUCUAAGAGGAUUUUGAGGUGCCCACAUCAUGAGAAAGUUGAAUAUCUACAAAUACCUCAGCAAUUGACAGACACUAGAUCUCUCUUUGCUCCUAGGCAGGAGUUUUACAAAAUUGAUUAACGUGACAAAAUUGGUUAACAUGACAAAUUUUUGCGAGCUCAUGAUCCAAAACUUGUUCAUAAUAUUGCAUAUGAAAUCCCAUAAGCACCCUGUUCAGGGAGCAACGAGCAUAUAACGUAGCUUCAGAUGACAAUCGACAAUGUUUGCUAUAUCAUGCACUCUCUCCAUAGAUUAUGAAAUAUGAAAGUCCUUUCAUAUUUAGAUGCAGAAGUUGAUACCAACAAUUCUGCUUUGCUCCUACACUUUGGAGGAUAGAGUGCGUUGCGCUUAAUCACCUAACCUUCGUAUAAGUAGAUAACCCAAUCAUCUUUUUUAUCUAUCCUUAGAAUCGUAUUUCUUCAUCCUUUUUAAAUGAUGAAACCAUAUGAACUCUUACGUGCUCAGCGCCCACCACAUUAUUCUUCUUCAAAGCGGCUGAGCUUUUGAAACCGAAAAAAGCAGUCAAAGUUUUGUGAUGAGGUCUGUUUUUUCCAUAUGGUAUUGGGAGAAUGUGAGUGUUUCUACGGAAUGGUUUGAGACAUUUGUGAAUGUAUUACAGGUGAAAAGUUAUUGUAAGAAGAUCACAGAUGUAUAUGUGAGGAUCGUUGCCAGCAUUUGUUUAGUCCCAUAUCGACUAUGCACUAGAUUGAUUUUGGGUGCUUAUAUAGGCUAAAGAAUCCAAAUAAUACCUUUUGGCAGAUUUUUUUUGGUGAGGUCCUAAGUUGUUAGAAAUUAUAUUAAAGUAGAUCCGACUCAUGGCUUGUAUAGAUUAGGGGACACUACAACACAAGCCUGUUGGGCUGACAAUGGGCUAAUCAUGGUCCGUUUGUAAUUAGAUUUUAAUGUAUUAGAACUCUUAACCUGGAGAAGACAUCAAAAUUUAAAUGGAGGGAGAAUGUUCGGAUUUGUGCAUGCAUGUAUUUAGUCCCACAUCAACUAUGUACUGGGUAGCUUGUACAGGGUAAAUAAAUUUAAAUAUUACCUUCCGAUUAUAAGGUCAUUAGUUGCUGCUAUACAUGAUUUGUAGUGACGCCUGAAAGAUAGGCAUGGGUCAAUAUUUCAAGCCAUAAAGUUCCAGAAGGGCUACUGCUAAACCAGCUUUGGUUCGCAUCCCGCUGGUCAUCCAGUUGACUAUAUUCCAACGGCACGUGUCUGCAACUCCUAACCCUGAAUCCCGAAAUAGCUUCUUCAUGCCAUGCAACGACCGUUUCAAUCCCCCCUCCCUCCUCCCCACCUGCAUUUCCGCCAUCCCUCUCCCUCUGUCUCUCCUUCUCUCUCCGUCUCCCAUCUCUUUCCUCGGUCUGUCCUCUUCUUCAUCUCUCCUCCCCCAUUUUGCUUCCACAUUCCUGACGAAGAGAUCCACAAACACAAAAGAGAGAAAUUUGAAUGGAGAAAGGCGAAUCUCCUCUUGUUGAGGAGAAGAGCAGGGAAGAGAACCUCGAGGAGGCCAACAGAAACCUCAAACAAGAGGAAGAAGAUAAGGAGGACCAAAUAAAUCAGGGCGGAAAAGAAGAGAAACCAUAUAAAGAAGCAACAAAGGAAGGAGAGCAAGGUGACAAGAGCCGAGCCUCCCAUUCAGAUGCCACUAUCAUCUUUGCCGACAUUGACCGUUUCCUUUCGGUCACCAGCAUCGACAGAGAUGGCCAGAAUCAGAGUCAUCAUGAUCCCCCUGAAAUCCCGGAAGCUGCCGUCGGGCGAUUGGUAUCACUGGUGGAGGAGGAGAUCACCAGGUACGAGUCCAUCGCCGGCGAAUGGUCACGUAAAAGUGACGAGCUCUCGCUCCUGGACGCCAUCGAUCGGAUCUCCAAGCUUUCUGCCACAAUCGCUACCAUCUUUCCAUCGGAGACAAAGUAUGGGAAGGCCAAGAACCGUGCCGGCGCCAUCGUCGAGCGAGCCAUGUCAUUCCUCGAAGAGGAAUUCCGAUCGCUCCUCGAGGAUUCACGAACCAAACCAGAGCCAAGGAGCAAACUUUCCAAGUCCAAGAAGCCACACUCGCUGCCGGGGCCUAAUCACGACCAUGGCAGCUCCACCUCAUCGGAGACAACAUCCGGCUCAACUGAAACCGAUCCAAUUUACCCGCCUGCUGUCGUCGAGAAGCUAAGAAAGAUCGCCGGGGCGAUGAUUGCCGCGGGGUACGAGACCGAGUGCUGCCAGGCGUUCAUCAUCACCCGCCGCGAUGCCUUCGACGAGAACCUGACCAAGAUCGGAUUCCAAAAGAUGAGCGUCAGUGAUGUUCAGAGGAUGCAGUGGGAGUUGCUGGAAGGGGAGAUCGCUGCAUGGAUAAAAGCCUUCAAGCAUUCCGUCGCCAUCUCCUUCUCCUACGAGCGGGAACUCGCCGGCUCGGUCUUCUCCGGCCAUCAAGCCAUCGCCGGCAGCCUUUUCAGCAACCUUGCACGAGGAGUCAUCAUUCAUCUACUCAAUUUCGCCGAGGCCGUCGCCACGGGCAAGUGCUCGGCGGAGAAGCUCUUCAACGUGCUCGACAUGUACGAGGCUCUGAGGGACAUGACUGCGGAGAUGGACAGCCUUUUCCCUGCUGAGCCCGAAGGCUCCUCCUCCUCCUCUCUUCGCACCGAUCUCCAGUCAGAGAUCUCCUCCGCCCGGUCACGGCUCGGCGAGGCAGCAGUUGCUAUCUUCUGUGACCUUGAGAGCUCUAUCAAGGCUGACAGCAGCAAGAUCCCGGUGCCGAGUGGGGAUAUCCAUCCUCUCACUCGCUACGUCAUGAACUACCUGGAGUAUGCCUCCGAAUACAAGAACACUCUGGAGCAAGUCUUCCAAGAUCACCAAAAAUCUGUCAACAAGAGCAGCAGCAACGACAAGAACAGCAGCAACAAUAACAAUGGAGGUAGAAAUUUUAGUCCAUUUGCUAUGCAAUUCAUCGAGGCGAUGGACUUGCUCGACUCGAACCUGGAGUUGAAGUCGAAGCUCUACAAGGACCCGGCAUUGAGCUACAUUUUCUUGAUGAACAACGGGAGGUACAUCAUGAAGAAGAUCAAGGGCUCGUCGGAGAUUCGCGAGCUGCUCGGAGACUCUUUGAUCAGGAAGCGGUCGUCGGAGCUGAGGCAGUACCACAAGAGCUACCAGCGGGAGGCGUGGUCGAAGGUGCUUGCAUGCUUCAAGGAUGAGGGGCUGCAGGUGAAGGGGAACGUGUCAAAGAUGAUGGUGAAGGAAAGGUUCAAGAACUUCAAUGCCAUGUUUGAGGAGAUUCACAGGAGGCAGAGCUCAUGGGUGGUGAACGAUGAGCAGCUGCAGUCGGAGCUGAGGGUGUCGGUGUCGGCGGUGAUAGUUCCGGCAUACCGAUCUUUCUUAGGGAGGUUCAGGCAGUACGUGAGUUCAGAUAAGCAUGUCAAGUAUGGACCGGAUGACUUGGAGAAUUAUAUCGAUGAGCUCUUCAGUGGAAACCCUUCAGUUGGGAUGAAGAAGAGGACAUGAUGUUUUUGGAGUAAUGGAUGGCAGAAAAGUGGACGUAGGCUAAUUUUUGAGUGGUGCUGCUCCGCUCUUCUGCACUGCUGCUGCUUGUUAAUUGUUCUCUUAUCAACGAAGGUGAAGAACGUAUUCUGUUCCGGACGCUGUCUAUAACCUUGUUCUUCUUGGUGCAUAUAUCUAUAUAGAUAUAUAGAUAUAUAUAUAUAUAAAGAUUUUACAUGAUUAGGAUUUAGGAUUCGUUAAUUUGGAUUAUUUAUUUCGUGUGAUUUACCGUCUCAGAAGAUUUUGGCAUUUGGUGUUUGGCCAAUCCAAGCUUUAACAAGUAUUACAACAUACUAAAUGAUUUUACUCU